CUACAUUUAGGUGUCCUGCUAUCUAUGAGGAGCAAGAGCAUGACUCCUUCUUAGAUAAAUGUUUAGUUAUGGCUUCUCCUGUAGCAAACAUCAGCUGGGAAAAAGAUGGAAAAACGGUGAACCCUCUUUAUAAUCUCACAAGGGAAGACAGCGGCACCUAUGUGAUUACGGCUGUGAACAAGCAUGGAGUUGAAAAGCACAGUCUGACUGUUAAUGUUCUGUACGGCCCAGAGAUUGAGCCAGACUAUUUAUCACAUGUGAUGCAGAAAGGUGAAGCUGUGUCUCUGAGCUGCACUGCAGGGGGAAAUCCAGAACCUGAAGUGACAUGGAGCUUUCAGAGUCAAACUAAAGCCACUGGGAGGCGGCAAACCACACUGACAAUUUCUGAAGCCACAUUUGCUGAUGAUGGUGUAUAUACAUGCACUGCUAUGAAUGACCUUGGGAAUGACAGAAGGACAGUCACAGUGCAUGUAGAAGGUGAUUGUCCUGUUAAAAUUUUGCCUGUUAAAUUAGUAAGGGAGUUUGGUGCUUCAGCCUCAGCUAACUGUUCCACAACCAUCAUCCACCAUGGCAUAGGAUGGGAGGCAUCACAGGGAGCAGUGGACAUGGUGGAAAACGUCCAGCUCAUCACCUGGAGGGUGGACAAUCUCAUGCACUACGACAUAAAACCAUAUUGCUUCAUAAAUAUGAAAACGCAGUGUUCAAACAACCUUCCAGUUAUUGUUUACAAGCGUCCAGACCGGGUGUCUAUCAGCACCGUGGAUCACACAGGGCCAAUGAUUGAAGGUGGACAAUACGAGCUCCGGUGUGAUGUUCAGAAUGUUGCUCCUGUUCGUCUCCUCACUGUAAACUGGUACAAAGGACACCAUCUUGUGGAAAGAGAAAGCGUUUCUGGUGAAGACAAAUUUCCUGUUAAUGUAAAUGUGAAACUUCAGAUCUCACCGAGUAAAGAUGAUGAUGGAGUUCAAUACAGAUGUGUGGCAGAACUGAACCUGGGACCAGAAGGACCGCAACAUCCUCCUAUAGUGACAUCAGAUCCUCUAAACAUCACAGUACACUGUGAUUGUCCUGUUAAAAUUUUGCCUGUUAAAUUAGUAAGGGAGUUUGGUGCUUCAGCCUCAGCUAACUGUUCCACAAGCAUCAUCCACCAUGGCAUGGGAUGGGAGGCAUCACAGGGAGCAGUGGACAUGGUGGAAAACGUUCAGCUCAUCACCUGGAGGGUGGACAAUCUCACACACUACGACAUAAAACCAUAUUGCUUCAUGAAUAUGAAAACGCAGUGUUCAAACAACCUUCCAGUUAUUGUUUACAAGCGUCCAGACCGGGUGUCUAUCAGCACCGUGGAUCACACAGGGCCAAUGAUUGAAGGUGGACAAUACGAGCUCCGGUGUGAUGUUCAGAAUGUUGCUCCUGUUCAUCUCCUCACUGUAAACUGGUACAAAGGACACCAUCUUGUGGAAAGAGAAAGCGUUUCUGGUGAAGACAAAUUUCCUGUUAAUGUAAAUGUGACACUUCAGAUCUCACCGAGCAAAGAUGAUGAUGGAGUUCAAUACAGAUGUGUGGCAGAACUGAACCUGGGACCAGAAGGACCGCAACAUCCUCCUAUAGUGACAUCAGAUCCUCUAAACAUCACAGUACACUGUGAGUGCUACAUAGAGUUUUAG